AUGCUAUAUUCCUGUACAUGUAGAAGAACAGAAGUGUCUGGUUGCAUUGCCGACCAACUCGGUCGUAUUAGCAAGUUGGUCAGUAAAUAUGCUGCAGUACAGUCGCCGGAGCUACCUGAGGCCGAUGAGUCGGAGAAAGAACAAACGCAUACAGAUGAGGUCUCCAUUUCCUAUAGUGGCUUGGACAUAAUUGGCAUUUUGCAAAACCGUAUCAAGAGCAUGCGUUCAAAGCUAGGCUCAAUUGCGCCACAGAUGCCAUUUUUCGCUAGACGCCAGAGCGCAGGCAAGUUUGUUGUCUCAUCUGCAUGUUUCUGGCCUUUAAUUUAUACUCAAGAUCCCACAAAUGGACGCAAGUCGGCAACUAAUCGGUUGAGUCCAGGUUUAACUCCUCUCACUGCAAUCGCUUUGUCUUGGCUCCCCUUUAUCACUUAUGAUACUUUUCUUGGCGGUAUCCCUGCCUGUUGA